UUCAAGGGAGACCAAAGUGGAAUACAAUGGAAAUGUAUUAUCUGAUGCCCAAUAUAAUGAAUCAGAUCCUCCCUGAACAGAAGCAAACAAAAAGGCAGAGCAAAAAAGAGGCACUCCUAUCUGAAAGAUACAUAAAGCAUCCUUUACAGAACAGGUGGGCUCUGUGGUUCUUCAAGAAUGAUAAAAGUAAAAUUUGGCAUGAUAACCUUCGACUGAUAACUAAAUUUGAUACUGUGGAGGAUUUUUGGGGACUGUAUUCGCACAUUCAACCUGCAAGUAAGUUGGCAUCUGGGUGUGACUACUGUCUAUUUAAGGAUGGGAUUCAGCCCAUGUGGGAAGACAACAGGAACAAGCGAGGUGGUAGAUGGCUAAUUACCCUGUCAAAGCAGCAGAGGCACACUGAGCUCGACCGAUUCUGGCAAGAAACCCUACUGUGCCUGAUUGGAGAAAGCUUUGAUGAGUCGAGUAAUGACGUCUGUGGAGCUGUGAUCAACGUUCGCAGCAAAGGUGACAAGAUUGCCCUCUGGACAAGAGAAGCUGAUAACAUGGAAGCAGUCACAUACAUUGGGCGGAAGUACAAAGAGAGGUUGGGCCUUCCUUCCAAGGUUGUGAUUGGAUAUCAAGCCCAUGCAGACACUGCAACCAAAAGUGGCACAAUUGCAAAGAAUAAAUUCAUUGUUUGAAACUGAAGACUCUCUGCUUAAAGAACGGAAGCCACUUUCAUUUUUCUCUAGUGCACUUUCUCUUAUUUAACUGCUGUUUAAAAACAUGUUACUCAAAUAACAGAGGACAUUGUGUUUUUCCUUCUCACAUUAACUGGGGUUUGGUGUAGAGGAUUCAUUGUAAAAUUACAUAGAAAUUAACUGGGGUUUUGGGAUUAGAGCGCUUACUUGGCAAAAUGCCAUGGAAAUAAUUUUUUUUCUUUGACUCUAAUAAAUGGAAGGCAUGACUCUCAGAAAUGUGUGCAAUAAUAUGUUGCAUACAAAAUUUUCAUUAAUACAGUUAAUUCAUAUCUGAGUAGUACUAAAUCAUAAUUGAUUAUAAUCAUAAGUCUAAAAGAGGAGGUGGCUUAAUUAUGGUUUCAGAGAGCCUGUUAAGCAAUAUGCUGACAUUUAUUUAUUCCCAUGCCUAAUACUUUGUCUUCCUUUAUCUCCUCAUCUAUUUUCAAUUAACGUUUUGUCAGGUUUUAUCCCUGCCAUCUCUAACUUGCAGUAGCCACAGUGGCAAGAAAGCAGCUGUUGUGCUAAAUGAGCUAGUUUAAAGAAAAAUCUCUCUUGCCUUCUAAGAGGGGUAAAAUCUGUACCCCUGCUGCUAUUAUGUUUUUGACUGCCUUGUAAAUAUGCAGUAUCUUGUGUAUCAAAACCUUAAUAGUGAAGUCAUCAACUUUUGAAAAGCACAAGUUUUAGUUGUUAAUAAACUAUUUUUUGUCACUGUGA